AGAAAUAUAAAGCGUUUUUUAUUUAAAAAAUAAUGAGUAACGAGGAUUUAUUACCCGAAAAUAAUGAAGAAACUGAUUAUGAAAAACGAGUUCUGCUAUUGCUACGUCCUUACAAAAAGUUGAAUAAAUAUUCGUUUUGUUUGUGGUUAAAUAAAUUUGAGUAUAUAGCAGAUAUGAUCGAGAUACCAAACGAUAAAAUGGUUGAAAUUUUUAAUAAAAUGGUGGAUAAUAAUGAUCAAGAAGUUAUCAAGCAAAACAACCCUUCUGUUAACUUCUCUGCACUUUCAUACAAAGAAAUAAUAAACCAAUACUUUCGUUAUUUUACUACUAUGGAUGUAAAGUAUGUACACAGAAUUCGAUUUGUACAGCGAAAUCAAUAUGAACAAGAGCCGUUAGAAAAAUAUGCUAACAGUUUACAGAAAAUAUAUAAGAAGUGCGCGUAUAGAGAUGAAAGAGAAAAAAAAUUAUGUGAAAAAUUCAUUAAUGGACUCUGUGACAAUGAUAUUAAAGCUCAUAUAAGAAAACUUUCUAUCUUACCAUAUAAUGAAACUGUAGAAAAGGUCCUUGAAAUAGCAGAAUUUGAAGGACUAAAUAAUCGUGAAAGUGAAACUCAUCCAACAAUCAAUACUUACAGUCCCGAAAAUGAAGGUCUAUUUUACGUGUGGUUAAAUAAAUUUGAGUAUGUUGCAGAUGUUCUUAAUGUAUCAAAUCAUAGAAUGGUUGAAUACUUUAAUACUAUGGUCGAUGAUAACGUUCAUACGAAUGUCAAAAAUGCCAACCCUUCUAUCAACUUUUCUGAACUUUCAUACGACGAGAUAAUAAACUAUUACCUUAAAUAUUUUGCUUUUGCCGAUGAAACUGACUUACACAGAAAACGUUUUCUAUGUCGUAAACAAUAUGAACUAGAGGCGAUACAAAAUUAUGCUGUAAGAUUACGAAAAAUAUAUGCUAGAUGCCAUUAUAACGAUUACCUAGAAAUAAAACUAUGUAAACAAUUCCUUCAUGGAAUCCGCGAGAGAAUAAUAAAACUUUACUUUAAAGUACAUAAUUCUUUAUCAUUUGUUGACAUAGUAUCAAUUUCCAUUGAGUUUACAAGAUUGAAAGAAAGAUAUACUUUAAAAAAUAAAAAUUUUGUAUUGAUUGAUUCUUACAGUCCACAGUAUGAAGGUACGUUUGGUGACUGGUUAAAUAAAUUUGAAUAUAUACUAAGCAUUGCUAAAAUAGAAGAUAUGAGCAUUCUUGAAACCUUUAAUGAAACGCUCGGUUCUGAUAUCCACCUUAAGGUCCAGGAAGCUAACCCUUCUAUCAAUUUCUCUGAACUUUCAUAUGACGAGGUCGAAGUCAAUAUGAAACUGAAACGAUAAAGGAAUAUAUUUGUAAUUUAAGGAAAAUAUAUAAUAAGUGCAGUAAUUUAAAUGACCCA